AUUUCGAAAUGUCAUGCCCUCUAGCUGAUGCUAAACAGCUAAACAGUAAACAUUGGCUGAACUGCUAAACAGUAAACAGUAAACAGUAAACAUUUUCUGUCAAACAAUUUCUUUCAUAGACUUUGUUGUUUCUUGAUGUGUAGCUUAAUUUCACCAAGCUAUUGUGACUUUGAACAACCUGAGAGCGAAUCGUACUCCAUAAUAUGUAAAACGUUGCAAGACGAUGUCUGUGACUUUAUUAAACAUGCAAGAAAAAGUCAAUUCAAACCCGAAAAAGACGUGUUUUUGUUAGCGUUUGAUGAUAAUUUGGAAUCUCGGCGAAUUUCCCUUUCAGCUCAUAAAGAAAUUCUAGCAGCCGCUAGUCCCUAUUUGGCGGAGCUCCUUGGAACUUCCAAUGAUUGUGAUAUUUAUUUAUCAUUUUCCGAUUUCAAGCAAAGUGAAUUAGAAUUGCUACUAGAUUAUAUCUACACUGGUGAAAUCCAUGCGUCAAGAGGCUUAAUGGAAGAAUUUGAACUCUGCUUAAAGGAGUUGGGCAUUCUAGGUACCCAUUCCUUGGUGUGUACUGAGGAAAUUGCUCCUUUGAAACCAACCGAUAUGCCACCAAUCCAGUCAGCUAGCUCUAUCCAAGACCCAACACAAAGUAAAACCUCCACCCAAGAAAAUGUGUGUGAGAGUAGCAUUCCACUGGUGGAAAACACACAAAACAUCACUUGUGUUUCAUCCGAUUCUGAAAGUGAUGUCCAAGAAGAAGAGUCUGAGAAGUUAUCCACCGAUGAUCGCCCGUUUGUGUGUCCUGUCUGUCAGAAAUCUUUUCGGCACCUCAACGUCCUUAGAACCCAUUCUCGCGUACACACAGGUGAGAAACCCUUCACCUGCGGUACAUGCAAUCGGUCAUUUUCACACAAAUCAACUUUGAGUGAACACAUGAAUCUCCAUUCGGAUGAUCGUCCCUACGAGUGUAGUAAAUGUCAGCGCCGCUUUAAGCAAAGAAAAGGUUUAAGAGCACACCGUUGCGAAAAUCUCCAGGAAGAAGUAUUUCAGUGCGAAUUCUGUGGACGUCAUUUCAUUAAUCGAAAGGCGUUAGCUCUACAUCGCAUCCACCAUGAAGCGGAAAAUAAAAAUAAAACACCGCAGGAAAAAUCCUUCUUGUGUGACGUCUGCGCUCGGGGCUUCAGUAACAAGUAUUUACUGAAAGCUCAUCAAAUGACUCACAAUGAAGAAAAGCGUUACGAAUGUGACGUUUGUCACAAGAAAUUCGCUCUGAAAAAGACCCUGCAAGUUCACGAGACGUCGCACAAAACUGACAAAGGUCCGUACAAGUGUUCCUAUUGCCCAAAAAGCUUCCGCUACGUCGCAAACUUGAACACGCACGAACUCAUUCAUUCAGGGAAAAAGCCGUUCGAUUGCACCGUGUGCGGCUGUGCCUUUAGGCAGAAAUGGUCGCUCAAAGAGCACAUGCUUACGCACGAUAAACCGGAAGAAAAUCCCUUUACAUGCGAAAUAUGUAACAAAUCAUUUCAGGCAAGGAGGCCAUUUAUUGCACAUCGUUAUUCACACAACAAACAAACGAAGCGCUGUCUCGUCUGUAAGAAGCGAUUCUACAAUGCCGAGCGACUGGCCCAGCACAUGAAAGAUCACGAAACCGUUGAUGAUGAUCUACCCGAAGAAAUCGGCAAUUCUGUCACGGCGCACAUGAACGAGGCUGGCGAACUGAUAAUCACCCAGCACGACGUCGACGACAACAACGAAAGGGCCCUGAUUUUCACACCUUCACUUCUGCACAUGAUCCAGUCGGCGGAUGAAACGGCCGACCCAAUGACGGGCCACGAGGGACAAGAUGAAGGAAACCGAUGGUCACUAGAAGUGGUCAUCGAUUCUUGAAUAUCAAAUCGCAGCCAAACUCUUUUUUUCAACUACUGUACUUGAUUGGUUUAUACGUUUGAAUUGGUUAUCUCUGCACUUUUCUGUUCAUCGACCAUAUUAAGAAUCUAGGGCAAAUAAAAUGUCAAAACUA